UGGCCGCUGGCAGCUGACGGCCAGCUGGCGGCUGCGCGGUGCCUGAGUUCGGACAGCUUAAGCUAUCAGACCAUUCAAUGGCAAUCCACCACCAAAAGCUCGCCCGACAGACGAGCAACAGCCAUGAAUUCAAUAUCACGAUUUGGCCGGCGCACGGCAGAGCGAGCGACGGGGUGGUCAUGUUUCGGGUGCCGGGCUGCACAGGGCCAAUGGGCGGGCAACACCGUGUCGCGGGGCGCGCGGUUCAUAUCAAAAACGGUGACAAAAGACCAGCAGCACGCAAACCCGCGCGCCCGCCCAGAGCUGCAGGGCAUGCUCAAGGUGCGCGAGAUCUACAAGCAGCGGAAUAGGUCAACCAUGUUCUACACCCUCAGCAUCAUCCUCGGCACCGUCGCCUUUUCGUACGGCUCGGUCCCGCUCUACAAGAUGCUCUGCCAGACGAUCGGCUGGGGCGGGCAGCCCAUCAAGGCGCACGGCAGCUCGGGCUCAGGGUCCGACGCCGACUUCGACCUGGCCAGCCGGCUGAAGCCGGUGACGGACGCCAAGCGGAUCCGCGUCACGUUCAGCUCGUCCGUGUCGGACACGCUGCCGUGGAAGUUUGUGCCGCAGCAGCGCGAGGUGCGCGUGCUGCCGGGCGAGACGGCGCUGGCCUUUUACACGGCCACCAACAAGAGCGACUCGGACAUAAUCGGGAUCGCCACGUACAGCGUCACGCCCGGCCAGGUCGCGCCGUACUUUAGCAAGAUCCAGUGUUUUUGUUUUGAGGAGCAGCGCCUGAAUGCCGGCGAGACGGUCGACAUGCCCGUCUUCUUCUACCUCGACCCCGACCUACUGAAUGAUGUCAACAUGAAGGGCGUCGAGACGGUCACGCUGAAUUAUACGUUUUUUAGUACGUUCCCUCCCUCCAUUUGUCUCGGUUUUGCGACAGGUUACUAACCGCUGUAUCCUUCCCCUGCAGAGGCUCGCUAUGACAACAACGGG